UGGAAUUCAAAAACCUGGCCAGUUAAGCCCUCGCUCGCAAAGUUUCGAAAAAUUCGCUCGAGAUUCAUCUCUUAGCUCAAGCAUCCUACGCAUCACGUGAAAGAAAUGGAGGAGUCUUUGGAAAUUCGAAUCUUCGAGUUCGAUCAAAUCCCUUCCGCCUUAGAAUUCGCCUCUCAGAUUGAGUCCAAAAACAUUCCCGCUGUUUUUAAAGAAAGCAUUAAGGACUGGAAAGCUUUAUCCAAGUGGAAUCCUUCUGAAGGAGGCCUCGAAUAUUUGCUGGAACGGCUAGGGUCUUCUGUUGUGGAGGUUAUGCUGUCCAGAAGUGCACCUGUUUUUUACGGUGAUAUUAGAAGACAUGAGAGAGUUCCAUUGCCAUUUUCUACUUUUAUUGGUUACUGUAAGGAACAUAAGCAGAAAACGGAGGAUGGUUGCACUGGCUGUGUUGAACCAGAAAGACAUCUCCAAGUGGGGUCUGAGACAGAGGAACCUUGUUUACUUCCUGGGGAUGUUGCUCCGCAACAAAUUUAUUUAGCACAGGUACCAAUCAUGAAUAACGAGAAUGAAGAGAGAGUGCAACUGGAAACUCUGAAGGAAGAUAUUCAAAAGCCUGCUUUUUUGGAGACAAAAACAAUAGCUUCUGUCAAUCUGUGGAUGAAUAAUGCUCAAGCUAAAUCAAGUACUCACUAUGAUCCACACCAUAAUCUGCUUUGUAUAGUUACUGGCUGCAAACGAGUUGCUUUAUGGCCCCCUUCUGCUUGUUCAAUGCUCUACCCGAUGCCUAUAUAUGGGGAGGCCUCAAAUCAUAGCUCUAUUGCUCUAGAAAGUCCUGAUUUUUCAAAAUAUCCAAGAGCAGAGUGCUCUAAAGAGUACUCUCAGGAGGUUAUUCUUCAUGCGGGUGAUGCACUUUUCAUUCCUGAAGGCUGGUUCCACCAAAUAGAUAGUGAUGAUAUUACCAUUGCAGUUAACUUUUGGUGGCAGUCCAACAUAAUGUCUUGCUUGUCGGAACACAUGGAUGCAUAUUAUUUGCGUAGAAUAAUAAGAAGAUUGGCAGACAGGGAAGUGAACCAAAUACUGGGCAAGGCUUCUGCUGGUACAAAGAGACUGAAGAGGCAUCCUUGUGAGCUCCUUAAUAAUGGGGAACUAGAUCCAACCAACCAUGGUUUGGAUCAGUCACAUGAAGGACAAGAUCUGCAGGGGAAGGAACCACAACAGAGGAGUUUAUUACAUGAUUUGCGACCCUGUGCUCUCCAGGCUCUUCAUGAACUUGUUUCUUUGGUCCAUGACCAUAUUAAUGUUUCUGAUUUGGGUCAAUACAUGGUCUCCGCAUCAAUUUCUAAUUCUGACUUAAAUGUGAAAGACAAGUAUGAGAAGAAUAUGACAGCAAAAUUAUUUUGCCUGGAGGAUGAUCGAGUUGCUAAAAUUCUGUGGAACCUUGAAUCCCAUGCCUUUCAAGAAGUCUGUCUUGCUAUGGCGCAAAACUUCCCUAGAACUUUGGAGGCUCUAAUAUUGCACAUGCUUUCACCAGUGGGGGCAGAAGUCCUUACACGGAAAUUUGAUGAGAUGGAUCAACAGACCUCCGAAGCAGAUAGGAGCAAGUUCUAUGAAAACUUUUAUGGUGCAUUUGAUGACCAAUUUGCUGCAAUGGAUGCAAUCCUUAAUGGUAAAGAGGCAUUUGCAUGUCAGGCAUUCAAAAAUGUCUUGGAUAAAUACUUGGGAGUAAAUUUUUAAUUUGCCAAAGCUCAUGGACUGGAUCAGUUUUCGGUGACACAAACUUCUUUAAAGAAAUUGGUCCUGCUGAUGAUCUCGAGACAUUAAAUUGAUGCCACUGUCAUAGGAGAAUCUAUCUUUCUAUCUCAAUUGGUACUUUUACAUGUGAGUCAUCUACAAUUUUGUAAAGAGGAAUCAAUGUGGCUUUUGAUCACGCUGCAUAUCUCAGCUUUCUACAAGAUAUCAGGUCCAUAUUGUUUGACUUGAAUGUUGUUCAAUUGAAUUGUUUUUAACCCA